ACCAGCGCGCGGCUAGUGACAACAACAACAAUGGCGGACUCGGCGGGAAAGAUGCAGCAGGUCCUCGAAUUACUAGCGAAAUUCUCACUCAGGACAUUAGACAACGAGUGGAUAAAGAGUAUAAUUGACGCCGACUUCACGGACGUGGGAGAUCUGCCUUCAGACUUCGAGGACUGCCACUACAGCACGAAUCUGAGCGGCUUGUUUAGUGCGGUGAACAAUAGCUUCCGCCAGUGGGUUGAUUUUAUCCCUCAAAUUAACGAUGACAGUCAAAGGAUGUCAACUUCCAACCUGGCGGACGAGGACGAUGACGAGAACAGCGUGUACACAAGGUUCUGGACGGAGUUAUCGGAUGACGUGAAGAGGCUGAUGACCCUGCUGUUCUACUACUGCUUCCAGGGCCAGCGCUAUGAUGCCAAGGAGAAGGAGAGGGAGUUGGGGAUCCAUGCUGCCAGUCUCUACUUCUUAUUACUUUGUGUGCCCGGUAGUAACGCCUUCAGAGUCUUCCAUCCGGUCAUGUAUCUCAAGUGUGUGGAAACCAUGCGUCUCGCCACCAAGCUUCAAGUCGGUGCUGCCAGUCCCAAGAAGGGCCGUGGUUCAAGCUCAGGGCGUGGCAGCCAGCACCGCAGGCACCAGGAGGACCAGGCAGGUGCAGAUGUUGAUGAGGAGGAUGAAAGUGAGGCGACGAUCCUGACGCCCAGCGAGGCCACCAAGCUGGUCCGCUCUCUUAAUGUACUUCUGCAUGACUUUUUAAGGUUGACUCAGAGAUUUUCCCUCAAGCAUUCUCCAGAGUCCCUAGAUGAGACCAUCAGUGUGUUGAUUGAUGUGUCGCGCGCCGAGACCUACAAUGCUCAUGGAAUCUUUGUGGAGCGUCACGGCCCUGCGACCAUCACCGGCCUUGCCUACAAUUCCUACGUGUCACUGCAGUCCUUGUGCAGUGCAAUCCACGGCCAGAGGAAGAAGAUUGUCCUCCUCAUCAUGAAGCACAUCCUUCAUAACAUCCUCAUGGUGCCUCGGGGCCUCUCAGACCUCUCAGGUCGUGCCCUGGGAGUCAUCAGGGACCACUCGCAGAUAUUCGUCAAGUAUCUCUUGAUGCAAGUGAAGGAAGAUGCAUAUGAUGGGGUCUACAUCCUCAUCCAGCAUCUCUGCCUCCAGGUGCCUGAUAAGGCUGAGUUUCGGCAGAAAACAGCACAGUCUGUGGUGGAGAUCCUGCGCUUCUUGCCCAUCAACCUCUAUGUGCGGCUCAUCAAGUGGUUCUUUAAAUUCUCCCACAAUGAGAAGGCAGGACAUCGUCUCUUCAUGCUAGAGGUAAUCUCCAAGAUGCUUGGUGAGGCAGAACGCAGUGCAGAAGGGUCCAGUGAAAACACAAUGGACGCUGCAUCUCCCAGAAGACUCAAUACUGUAACAGAGGAUCAGGAAGAUGAGCAUUCCGAAGAUGACCAGCAGCACGAGGGGGAAAACAGUUUUUGUGCAGUGCCAGUGGACCACCCCGUAGAAAUCCCACCUGACCGCAAGCUGCUUUCGCACAAGUUUUUGCUUAGUAUAAUUUUUUCCCGCUGCCGAGACAGUGGUGCUUCUGUGCGGUCCAAGGCACUCAGCCUCCUUGCAGAGUGCACCCACUCUACCAACCGCACUAUCAUGGUGGCGAUGCGGCAUAUCUUUGUCACCAACAAGCCUCGCAUGUUCACCACGGCUCACAUUCCCAAUAAUAAUAUCAAUCUUGAGUCACCGCGUCAAGAUGAAGAAGAGGAAGGACUAGACUUCCCCAAUGCAGGAAUGGUAGUAGCGAUGCUGCAUCGUCGCGCUCUUGACGACAAGGUGACGGUACGCAAGUCAGCAUUGCAAGUGCUGGAGAAUUUAAUGAAACUCCACAGUGACAUGCUGUCCACUCAAAACCUAAUGGUCUUGGGAGAGCACUGCCGGGAUCCUGCACUACUCAUUAGGAAGCAGAUGGUGGUGUCCCUCACGUCCCUGCUGGAGCACUACCCUGAGGACAAGGCCAUCGCCACUACCUGGAUAAAGGCUGUGCUGCCACUCAUCCUUGAUCCUGAGGUUAAAGUCCAGGAGCGAGUUGUUUUGGGUCUGGACCAGCUGUUGUUCCAGAGGCUGCUGAAGGCUGGACAUCCACAGGAACACAUUAAAGAUAAUCGCUUGCCAUGGCACAUACUUUCCACCCUUACCAAAUGCAGCUAUCACAAGUUCUUCAACAAGGCCUUGCUUCACUGGUCCAAAUUGGAUGGUAGCCGGCCUCAGGUAGUGAAUAUCGUCAAGAGCCACAUUGGUCAGGAGCACAACGAGGAAGCUUGGACGCUGCUGGCAAUGCUGUCUGGGUACAUCACCAUCAAGAACGUUACUUUUGCCGUGGACUACUUUGAGCAACAUUGCCAGAACCCAGAAGAGGUGGGUUCCUACACACUGCUACAGGUGCUCAAGGUACUCAGCAACAGCAUAAAGCAUGUGCCUGUGGAUCGUGCCGAGGACCUGCAUCACCAGCUCCUCUCGCCUAUCUCGUCCUUUUCUGUCGGAGUUGAGCUUAUCUCCUCCAUGAUGGACACUGUCACCCUCCUUACAUACAGCCUCCACGGGGAUGAUGUUGACGGUCAGAAAGCUAUUGAAAAAUGGGUGGCUCCACUUCUGAAGGCAUGUGAUGAAUACCUGAAGCAAGUGCUCUUCCAUAAAGCAGACCAGCUCGAUAUAGCUGGGGAGGAGAAGCUCUUUCGGCACAUCUUCACAAUGGGGGAAGCUUCUAUGCUGUGUUCCCAGAAAGUCAAUAAGAGGAUGUUCCUGAUGCUGCAAAGUCUCAUCUUCCACCAGCAAGGCCAGGAGGGGGAAGACUGCUCCUCCACCAUGCCCGCCACCCAGACGCAGCGCUCCCAGCCCACCACCAUCACAUUCACACCCACCGUACGGCUUCAGGCACUGUCCGUCGUGACCCUGGGCAAGAUGUGUCUGCAACAUGAGGACCAGGCCAAGCGCAUUAUCCCGGCACUGGCCUGCAUGCUCACGCCAGCCACACACCCUUCAAUCAAAAACAACAUCCUCUUUACUCUGGCGGAUAUGUGUGUCAGGUAUGCAACCCUGGUAGAUCCCCUCAUGCCCCAGGUAACCGCCUGCCUGCGUGACUCAGACCCUCAGGUUCACCGCACUGCCCUGACCCUACUCAUUAGCUUACUGCAGGAGGACUACCUCAAGCUCAAGGGCUCCUUUUUCUACAGGAUUUUACAGUGUCUGACUGAAAAGGACGAGGAAAUGCGGGAAAUGGUUGUCUUCUAUAUAACAGAACGCCUGCUGAAGCGCUUCCCCAAGAUUCUCUGUCAGCAUUUCAUCGAAUGUAUCUUCCAUUACAACUGCUAUGAGGAGCAUGAGAGUUACAACCGCUUCAGUCAGAGUAGUUUAGAGAAAGAGGUGUUCUCCCUGGCUGGCCGUGAGCACAGUCAGGAGCGCCAUGCCAUCUACCACUUCAUGCUGGACCACAUGCCUGAUGACCAGCGCUUCAUGACCACCCAGCGUCUCUGUCAGGAUGUUCUGGGUGCUGUGGUUGAUGGCCGCAUCAAACUGAACAAGAACAGCAUGCCCAUGUUGGAAGACACGCUUACUAUUUUACGUAGUGAUGAGAUCAAGUUGGCCUCCCUCAAGAGUAGACCCGAGGACACCGACCAACCCACAGAUCAGGCAGAGCAGGCGGCCAUGGCAGGAAUGGUGAUUAAGAAGACCAUUAUCUCGCAGGUGGUGAAACAAAAUGUGAUCGAGAACAUUGUGCCCAUCCUGAUUGCGGUGAAGCACAAACUAGAGGAGCAACGGUCACCACUCAUGAAACACUUACUUCUCUACCUGAAGGAUCUCAUGAAGGACUAUAAAAAUGAGGUUAAGGAGAUACUGGCUGGAGACAAACAACUAGCAAAGGAGAUAGAGUUUGACUUGAGACGAUUUGACAAGGAACAGUGGGAGGAGAAGGAUCGUGGUAAAGAGAAUGACCAAAGAGCCCACAGAAAUAAUGAAAAUGAUAAAGACAUUAUUCAUGAUGCAAACCCAGCUGCAAGAGAAAUGGGGCAACGUGAAUCUGGGGAACAGGAUGCUGAGCGACUUCCAGCUGCUGAUACGGCAACACCGGUCACCAUGAAGGACCUCCACACAAGGGCACAAAUGUUCAGUAAGGACGCUACUUCUAGAAGGAAAUCCAUCGCUGCUCCCAGUUCCUUGGAAAACAAAAGAGAACCUCCGAAGGUUAUGCAGGCAGUCGUCAAGUUGCGAAGAAUCAGUAUUGCUGAUUUUAGAGGAAAUCCUGGUGAUGGUGGCACUUCAGAGAGGGAAGAGACGUCUCAUGUGGAUGCACGGGCUAUUGGAGGCUACCCACAAGAAGAAGAGGAAGAGGAAGAAGAAAUUAAAAGAAGAGAAGAGGAGGUGGAAGACUUGGAGGCAGAGAAAGAUAAGAACAAAAAAGCAUCAGGUAGGAAUAAAAUGCGUCUUGAAUUACUUAGAGCCAUCAGCACACCGUCAACGGAGAAAACACUCAUCAGUAACUUGACUUUUGUUAAUGAAACUCAGGAGUUGAGUGCUAUCAACUUGGACAGUACAGAAAGCUCCUCAAGAGGAACCACUGAGGAACUGCAGCUUCACCCAACAAGCCCCGCAGCCUUUAGAAAGGAAUGUGAGUUUAGCCGCCUCCGCAGAACAUCAAAGGAGUUACAAAAGGAUUCAAACAAAGCAUCCAAGGAAAAGGCCAAAGAAAAGAGACCAAAGGUAUCAGGGGGACUGUUUGAGUCUUAUGAGGCAGAGAGCUCCCAAAGUGAUGGAGAAUCAGCGGGUGAGAGUGAUAUCUCAACUGUCUCAACAAAGAGUGCUGCCAAAAGAGUGGAGGGGAAGAGGACCAGGCACAUGGCUUCCCUGAGUCCUGAUCCAGAUAAAAACCAGGCUGCUUAUACUGAGAAACCGAAGCAAAAGAAACACAGAAAAAAAACAUGAAAGUAAAACAAAGUCAAUUUUUCUUGAAAACUAUACUGUACCAAAAGACAAAGUUGUAUAUUUUUGUAUAAAAGUGAAGUAACAUGUUGCCUUAAUUAGAGAGAUAUUUUAACUGGAAUUUUAUGUUGACACACACACUCCUAAAAAUGAAGUAACUGUUGCCUUAGUCAGAGACAUUUUAACUGGUAUUUUAUGUUGACACACACACUCCGAUACCUCAGUGGAUAAAGGCUCUGACCUGGCAGGUUGAGGCUUGAGUCCUGCUCAGGCUCUGAUUUUUACGCUGACAAGUAGCGGUUACUGUAGCCCCUUAAUCAAGAGGGAUGGGGUGUGUGGUGUGUGAAGGUCCCAGCAGCUCCCAGAGAUCGACUAUAAUCAGCUUAUUCUAAUGGACCGUAUUGGUUAUACAGGCAGUGCCACAUGUGGCCACUCAACUCAAAGCUGUACUUUCCUUAGAGUUCAAGUUAUAGACUUGAGUGAGUCUGAGGCUGUCUCCGAGAUACAUGGCCAUGGUGCCACCGUCACUCCAAGCCGAUGGUUGCACACACUUCACUCCUACCCGAUUUCAGUUCUUCUCCAUGUCAAAUAGUAGUAUCAGGAAAUCGGGUAGAAAUAAAGUGUGCAGUCGUUGGCUUGGAGCAGUGGCGGCACCAAGGCCUUGUAUCCUGGAGGCAGCCUCAGAUGCACUCUAGUGCAUAACUUGAAUUCUAUGGAAAGUACUGCUUCGACAGUUCACUGAGUGGCCACGUGUGGCACUGCCUGUAUGGCCAAUACGGUCCAUUGGGAGGAUACUUCCUGAUGAUGAAGAGUCUAACUUGUGAUCAAGUCAUGGUUAAUUACAUACACAUACAUACAUACCAGAGAGAAAUUUACAUUGAUAUACAUAGACCACACUGACCCUUUGGUCCAGCAUAGGUGGUCUUUUUUUUUUCACCCCCCCCAUCUCAGCCUUUAGCGCCGGUAGGCUUUCUCCAGGGGCCUGGUGGUCGGCCCAAGCCCAUCAUGGCGCAGGCAACUUUUUUAUUGUGGCGCCAGUUAUGCUUGGCUGGUAAGUAAUAUAUUAAAUGAAAUGACACCAA